AUGUUACUUUGGGGGCUCAGCGAGGCAGGUCGUUUGAGACUUGCAAGAUGGUUGUCAACAUUCCUUGCUGCCUGGUUUGGCCUGCGGCUGCUGCACUCCUAUGAGGGCCGAGCGUAUACCGAAACUGUGCCACCGAAAGAGGGCUCGGCCCAUAGUACCGAGCCUCAAACAGUCAAAUUUGCUGGUCGGACAAUGGAUCUAACCCUGUUUGCGGUCACUCGAGCCCUCGAUGUCCUUGUUGGUGAUCUGUGGGCGAGGCACAAGGCCCGUCGUCUGGCCUCCAACAGGUGGUCCAAGGCUGAACGAUUUCUCUCCAAGUUUGUUGAUCCCCUUGUCUUUGCAGCUUCAUCGGGCCUUGUUAUGUGGGCUUGGUUCUAUCAUCCCAGCCGUUUGCCCCGCAGCUACAACAAAUGGAUCACUUCGGCAGCUUCCGUGGACUUAAGGCUCAUCGAAGCCCUUCGGCGGUGCCAUUCAGGCGAGUUUCAGUACGGCAAGGAGACCGGUCAGGCACAUCUCCUUCAGGGCAUGUGUGUGGACUACGAGUGGCCACUUGCCUGGGGAGAUCCUGCGGUAGUUGUUCCCAUACCUUGCCAGAUGGUGCAUAUGUCCAGCGGGCCUUCAUGCGAGUACCAUGCUGCAAGCCGCUUCUUUCGUGCCUGGAAGUGGUCGAUGGCUACGUACUUGCCCCUGACACUGGCUCUCGCUCUUCGAAACCCCUCUCGCAAAGCUCUGCGUCGAGCCAUAAUCUCGUCUUGCCGUUCCUCUAGUUUCCUCGCCACCUUUAUCACCCUCUUCUACUAUGGAGUCUGUUUGAGCCGCACACGCGUCGGACCUCGUCUUCCUGGCGGCACAACCAUUGAGCGUCGUCAGAGCAUGGAUAGUGGGAUCUGCGUUGGCACGGGUUGCUUGCUUUGUGGCUGGAGUAUCAUGAUUGAAACAGAGAGCCGCCGAAAGGAUAUUGCGCUCUUUGUUGCCCCUCGUGCCUUGGCCACUGUUCUACCUCGACGGUAUUCUUUGGACAAAGAGUGGCGAGAGAGACUUGUGUUCGCCGCCAGUACUGCCGUCGUCUUUACGUGCGUGGCAGAGAACCCCGAUCGAGUGAGGGGUGUCUUUGGAAAACUUCUCAGGAUGGUUCUUAGUAAGUAA